GUAAGUGGAUCGACUCAACAGAGCUUUCAAUUACAUGGAUGGACACUCCUGAACAUUAUUGGACAUGGAAUUAUCUUCAUGAACCUGGAUGUGACGUGGCUGAGCUUCAUCGCGUUUGUUGGCUUAACAUCGUUGGAAAGAUAGACUCAAAACGACUUACUCGAAAGACUAGUUUUGGGGCAUAUCUAGUGUUCAAGUUGAAUGAUCAACAACACAACCUUGAACGAGCCAUUGCAUCAGUGAGAUUUGUGAAGGAAAAGGCAGAGGGCACCGGUGGUGAGGGUUACACUGUUUUCAUCUCAAAAGCAAAGGAACAUGGAGAACAUGGCAUAUUCCCACACCUUCGAACCGAUGAGUGGAUGGAAAUAAAGCUUGGUGAAUUUUUCAACAACUUAGGAGAGGAUGGUGAUGUUGAAAUGACGUUGAUGGAAACUAGCAAUGAUAAAUGGAAAUCUGGUCUCAUUGUUAAGGGCAUUGACAUUCGUCCAAAUUAAUUAUUGGAGAUCAGUUUGAUAUUAUAAGCCUAAUUACAGGCAUGGAUAUAUCUAUAGCCAGUUGGGCCUUUAUUUCUAUUU